AUGCCAUUACCUGUGUGCAAACCUAAACGCAUAAAAAGAAAGGAAAAGAAUGUUGUUACAAGAACAUCAGCGUCAAAAGGUAGUUCUUCACAAUCAAAGGCACCUCUUUCCGUAUCAACCAAUGAAAAUUUCACAGCUGUAUCAUUGUCUGUAAAUGAUAUUUCAUCUCAUAACAUUUCAUCUCAUAUUUAUGGCAGUACUGCCACACCAGAAAGUGUAAUUAGUUUACUUUCACCAGACGUAGUGAAUGUGGAAGAGCAUCACAUCACUACACCUGUAGAGAAACUCCCCUCCCCCUGCUUGCUCAACUUGCCUUCUGAAGGACAACUGAGCAUUUUGAUUGAUUCUGCAAUGUUUUGUGAUAAGGAUUUGCCAAAUGUCGAAAUCUGUUCAGAAACAACAAAAAAUCAAAGAAGUUUGCUUGCACCGGAUGUAGUGACCUUGGAGGAUCAUCACACCAUUGCACUUGCAGAGAAACUGUUAUACCCCUGCUUGCUUAACCUGCCUCCUGAUGAAGGACAACCAAGCGUGCAGAUUGACUCUGAAAUAGUUAGUGCUGACAGAUUGUUAAAUUACGAAAUGUGUUUAGCAACGUCGGAAACCCAAACGUGUUUACCUGCACCAGAAGAGAACAUGGAAGAGCGUCAUAUAGAUUUAGCUGUAGAGAAAAUCUCACCUCCCUGCUCGCUCAACCUGCAACCUGAUAAAGAACAACAAAGCAUGUUGUAUGAUUCUGAAAUGUUCUGUGAUGACGACUUUCGUAGUGUCGAAACCUGUUCAACAUCGCCGGAAAGUGAAGCCAGUUUGCUUGUACAAGAAGACACAUUUGAAGUGUGCAUCACAAAAAUGUCAGGCACACAUUUAAUAGAAAUUUUUUGUGAGGAACAUCGCGAAGAAAUGAUAUGUUAUUUAGCAAUGGAGUACGCAAAGAUUCGGCAUCACUUUGAACAAAAGCGAUUAAACAACCUUCUAUUGUCAAAGUCUAAGGCUAAAAUAAAAUCGAAGUCAAAGGAAGCCAAAAAUGCAUAA